AUGCGCGAGGGCCCUGAGCUGGUUGACUCUGCCGUUCACGGAGAAGAACCGCACUGGCUGGUCCUCCCGUCUGAGGCUCUCACGGCUGACUUUCUGCAAAGGCCCAGGCACGGCGGCUGGUCUCGGAUCUUCUCCGCCAUUAUGGAAUGCAAGGCAGGACAACCUUGUCUCCUCGUCCGCCCCCCUGACGGGGCCCCGGCAGAAGGCGGCAGAAGUCUCUUGCGCGUGUAUGUGCGGAUUCCUACGAACGCGUCCAUAGGCGCCGCUUCUCCUGUUUGGGAAAUCUGGAAGCAGGACGCCAUUGGCCUUCAUAGUUUGAUCGGCGUCGGCGGGCAGGGCCGUUUGCAGACUCCCCGCCCUCAUGCCGGUGGUUCAUCUGAUGUGUGUCCCAGCGCAUCCCCUCGUCGCACAGCAGCCGUUGGUGCUAGCGUGGUUGGGCCACUGGUGAUGCCGGGGUCACAGCUGGGUCCGCCGCCCCUUGCCAGCGCCCUUGCUCCACCUGCUAGCGGCGCCAGCACGGUGGGACAUGCCUCCGAUGGUGCUAGCGGCCACAUGUUGCGGCGAAGUGAACACAUGGCUUCCGUGCCGAAUAGGACGUUGAUGAAUGGACGAAUGCGGAAAGUGAAGCGCACGCGCGUUGUCGAUGCGCACGGUCUGGUGGGAAAGCAUUUCGCACCGCUCCCAACCUUCACAAAGCAGGGUGGGCAGGGCACCUCGCCAGUGGACCGGCGCCAAACCACACACAUCGUCAGCAGCCAGCCAGACCCCGACCCAUGCAGUCCUGGACCCAUGCAGGUCCGCGAAUAUCGGGCCUGCACUCCCAAGCCUUGCCAGGGUAUGCGCCCUCCGCCGUCCCGAAAGUGA